AAAAACGAAGCCGAAUGAGGCGGACGUGUGACGCUCGCGCGCGCAUCAUUUUGCAUAAGUGCCGCAAAAUGCGCGCGUGUUUCAGUUUCUGUUCGAGUAGUCAUUUGUUGCUGAUGGCCAAGUGAAUUUGCGUACAAACAAUGUUUGCUAGUUUCGUUCAAAUGGUAGACUCAAUAAAUACUUUAUGGAACCAAAAUAAAUAGUUUCAUUCAACCAACCGAACUAGACAACAGCAGCAACAAAAACAAAAACAAUUAAAACUAAAAACUGAACGUGGCUGCUGAGGGACGUGCGAUAAGAACAACAACAAUAACAACAAUUCGCCGACUCUGCUCUCACUGCAACAACGACAACAACAACAACAACAACAACAAGCGAAGUGUGUGUGUGUUUUUAUUUUAGCUGCAUUCUUGCCAGCGUCGCUGCAACUGCGUCAACAGCGACCGCGACCGCGACUGCGACUGCGACCGCGACUCCAGCGUUGAAAGUUUGGAGUACCAAAGACUUCCAAAACGUGGUUUUCAAAGUAAUUAAUCUAUUUAUAUUUAGCUUAUGCAUAAUAAUAAUAAUCGUAAUAAACAAAUAUUGUAAUUAUAAUUGCACUUGUUCGUGUUGUUUGUUUAAUUUUUUUUUACUGUGCUUGUGCUGUGUUGUGUAUGUUUACCUCUUAAUUAGUUUACCUGCGACACGCUUUGUUUUUGUUUUGUGUGUGUUAUUGCCAUGUGGCGGCGAUGAGGCAGACAGCAGCUGGGAAUAUGCCGUGCCACUUGUUGCACGCCGUUUCCUUGCAGCAACAGCAACAGCAAGAGCAACAGCAACGACAGCAGCAACGAACUCGCAUCAAAUAUCCUGCAUAUUACUCAUACGCCAUGUGCCGCCAGGAUGCUACCGUAGCAUGUUGCACCAGCAGCAGCAGGAGCUGCCACCGCUUGUGGCUAAGACGUGCUGACUAAUUGAACUAUCAAUAAAGCAACAACAGUAACUACCGCAGCAACAGCAACAACAACAACAACAACAAUAACUUUAAGCAGCAUCAACCGCAACAACAACAACAACGGCAACAACAAAAAGCAAGCGAACAAAGUUGCUCGCCACACAACGCAAAAUGUCUGAGUCGCGUCGGCAGUCGGUCAGCUUUACAGCGAUGCCGCCGGGCGUUCUAGUCAACGAUAGCCGGGCCAAUUCCACCGAUGACAUACAAAUCGCUCUGGCGCCCCAUAUCCAAACCUAUCUAAGUCAAACCGGACGCCGGCACUCCUGCUGCAGCGUCAUGCUGCCGGUGGCCUUCGAGCGAGCCGCCGCCAAAUCAUGGCUGGAUCCAAAAUUCGAUUCACCCGUUCUCGAGGAGCAGUUCCAGGCCAGCGUCUUUCCGCACAUACGCAUGCGAUACAGAUUCACAUUGUCGUACAUAUUACUUUGCUCUGUCGCCUGGUGUUUGUAUUUUGUGAUCGAUGGCGGCUCGGAGGAUUUUUGGCGACCCAUCUCAACAUCGUUCUCAAUGAUGUCGCUGGUCACGAUAAUGGCCAUGUGCUUUACACACUGGAACCUGUACAAGGAGCACCGGACCCUAACUUCGGCACUGACAGCGCUCAUCCUGUGCAGCGCCUCGCUCGCGUUUCUCACCUACACGGGCAGGGCGUUCAGUCCGCUGGGUCAUUUUGCCAUUUGUCUGGAGAUCGUGCUGCUAAUCUACACAGCGCUGCCCAUGCCGCUCUGGCUGGGCGCAAGCAUUGCCAUCUGCUAUUCCAUCGCCUUUGAGCUGGUCUCCCACAUGGUCAUUGAUGUCAGUGCCGUGCAUGCGGCGGCUGGUGGACCAACUCCAACGGAGGCAGCAGCCGCCGAGGGUACAGCAGCAGUGGAAGGCGGCGGCACAAGCGGCAGCGAUCCCAGCCACAAGAUUCUGAUGCUCCGCAUCAUGGCGCACCUGAGUGUACAUUUGGUGGGUGUGCAUGUGCUGGUCAUGAAUCUGGUGCGCAUGCGCGGCACCUUCAUGAAGGUCGGCCAAAAUUUGCUAGUGCGCCGCCAGCUGGAAAUGGAGAAACAGCUCAAGGAGAAGAUGAUACACUCAGUGAUGCCACCCAAGGUGGCUGACAUGCUACUCAACGAGGGCGGCAGCGGGGGCAUCGACCCUAGUCAGCCCCCGGAAUCCCAUUACAUGCGUCCGCGCGCCUCGCACGAUGUCAAGUCUUUGUUCCGGCCAUUCCACAUGCACAGCAUGGAAAAUGUUAGCAUCCUGUUUGCCGAUAUUGUUGGCUUCACGCGCAUGUCCUCCACCAAAACGGCCGAGCAGCUCGUCGAGAUCCUAAACGAUCUCUUUGAGCGUUUCGACGACCUAUGCAUGCUCAGCGGCUGCGAGAAAAUUUCUACACUUGGCGACUGCUACUACUGCGUCUCCGGCUGCCCCGAACCCCGCGCCGAUCACGCCAUCUGCUGUGUCGAGAUGGGCCUCGGCAUGAUCGACGCCAUGCGCUGCUUCGAUGCCCAGCGCCACGAAGGUGUCAAGAUGCGAGUCGGUGUCCACACUGGCACCGUGCUCUGCGGCAUUGUCGGCACCCGACGCGUCAAGUUCGAUGUGUGGAGUAACGACGUCAGCCUGGCCAACAAAAUGGAAUCCUCGGGCAAGCCAGAACAGGUGCACAUCUCGCAGGAAACAUCCAGCUUCUUGGGCGACGCCUACUACCUAGAGGAGGGCGAAGAGGUGUUCGGUCAUCGCACCUACUUCGUGGUGGGCCGUCGUCGGGACGUUUCCCGUGCCAACAGCCUGAGUCCGAGCAUGGCAGCUACAGCCGCCGGCGGCAGCUCCUUGUUGCUGCCUGGGGCGCAUGGCCCGUAUGCAUCGCUGUCGCAGAGUGCCACAAAUAUAUCUGUGGUGCAUCCGCAUGUGCCACCUGCCUCGCCAGUUGGUCAACUUUCCAACUCUCUGAAGUCAUCGCCAGUGCUCUCGAUGCGGCCACGCCUAACAUCGCUCAGCAUGAAACUGCGCAAGAAAUCACAAACGCAAAGCCAUUCACACAGCCGCGACAGGGAUCUGGAGCGCGGCAUCAUGCAUCCAGCUGCCACUGGCAUACCGCCAGUGAUUGUGGUGCUCGAGAGGCCCAAGAUUAUCAUUACGACCAAGUCGCUGCCGGGCAGCCUGGACUCGGAUGAGCAGCCGCCAUCUUUGGAUCAGCAACAACAGCCGCCGGCGAACAUGCCAGACAACCGCUCCAAGCUAAAGCUAAAGGUAUUGAAAGUGACCAGAUUCCUGAAGCUAACAGGUCGCAAGGACAGGGAUAAGGAGAAAGCUAAUGGCACAGACAAGGAGGCAGCACGGGCCCAUUCGAAUUCCCUGCCAGCGCCUGGCGAUGAAUCGGUGGCUUUCAUCGAGCCAUCUGCUGGCCCCGUCCAGAGCCAAUUGGGCAAUGGCUGCGGCUAUCAACAGCUGCCGGUGUUGGUAGAGACGGCCUGCAGUACACGCCUAGGCAGUACCCAAAUGUUGGACAUACCCAUGGCCCGGCCAGUACUUCAUCAUGCAGCUACAUCGACGACGCUCUCCAGCAGCGUUAUGCGCUCACCGGAUAGCACUGCGGCAGCUGCCGGCGGUGGCAGCUGCUGUUCGCCGGGUCAGUAUUCCAUGUACGAUGACAUCAUCGACGUGCGCUCCUACAUAAGCCAAUCGCGCAGCGACAUCUCGCCAUUUGGCCGCACCGGCAGCUAUCGUUCCCAGUGCGGCCGUCAGUCAACUGGCCAAUCCGUCGGACAAACAUUGGAACAGUCGCCAGUGCCGCGUCCACGCGCAUCCACCCUGACAGUUGGACGACCAUUGGCCACUGAGCCCAGCACCAGUGCCAAUGCCAAUGCCAAUGUCAAUGCCAAUGCCAAUGCCAAUGUCAAUGCCAUUGCAAAUGCAAAUCCAAAUCCAAAUGCAAAUGCCAAUCCCAAUCUUAAUCUCAAUCCCAAUCCCAGUUCCAGUGGCUGUUGCUUGGCAGCGCCUGGACCUGGCUCUGGAGCAAACCAUUCGCAUUCGCGCAACUCCAGCAUUUGGCCGGAUGGCCUGAGCAUCUGCCCGUCGGCCACAUCUCGCAAGGAUUCGGGCAUUAAGAGCAACUCAAGGCGCAGCUCCAUUCAGCAGCAGAUCUAUGCGCUUAAUCAGUCGGCCAUUAGUCAGCAUCGCGUCUCCGGCUAUUUCACCAGCUCCACAUCAAGCAUCUCGAAUCUGGGCGAGGCUGGGACGCUGCCCUUUCCAUUGCCGCCGCCGCCACCGGUGCUGGUGCCACAGCAGUCCGCACAGCUGGCUGAUCCGCUGGCCGCUUGCCUGCAGCAGCUGCGCAAGCAAUCCGAUCUGCAGCUCAUCCGCUGUGUGCGGGACAAUGCGCGCUCCCAGCGCAGCUAUCUGGUGAAACCGCCGCUGCGGCGCUUCAGCUUGUACUUUAAGUCGCGCCAGUUGGAACGCGACUUUCGCUCCAAGGCACAUCGCUUUGGCACCGAGCACGAAACGGAGGGGCCGCCGACACUGGCCACGCCCCGCUACAACACCUAUAUCGACAUCUUUGUGGGCAUUGCCGUUUAUCUAUGCAUCUCCAUAUCGCUCUUUCUGAUGACCCAGAACACGGUAACGCCCAGCUUCCGGCUGUGGGUUACCCUCUUCUCCUGCUUCACGGCUAUCCAGGUGUUUGCACUGUUCCUCUUUACGCGCCAGAUGUGCCGUCGCCAUGGCACCCGUCUGCGGUCCAAAUCUAGCGCCAGUGAGGCGGUCAACAGCGAUGCUGCAGUUCCACAGUCUCGGUCCCAGUCGCAGUCGCUGCCGCUGCCGCAAGCGCAACAGUUUGAAUCAUGUGCGGAUCGCAUCUUUGAAGCCAUAUCCAGCUGGUAUCCAUGGCACAUCUGCUUGGCUGUACUAAUGGCCAUGCCCGUCGUCCUGAUCAUAGCCAACUUUCUGCUGCUCGAUCUCACACAACUGGAGGCGUUCGAAUACCAUUAUGGAUUCCUCAUCUUUGUGUGUAUCGUGCACUUUUGCAACUUUACACAGCUGAAUUGCUGGAUGCGCAAUAUCUUGGCAUUUCUAGCCGCACUUUGCUUCAUUGGGAUCGCCGUCUCCCAGCUGACCGUCUACUCUAGGCGCUCCGAAAGCGAAACGGAUCCAGAGCUGGAAUCGGAGCUGAACAGCAGUGCGGCGGCAUCAUUCAUCUACGAGGAGAUCAAAUGGUUUCACGACUAUCAUGUGGAGAUCUAUUUGGACCUGCUAUUGAUACUAGUGCUCGUCUGGUUUCUCAAUCGCGAGUUCGAGAUUGGCUAUCGCUUGACCUUCUACGGAAACGCGGUGGCCAACCAGGACAAGGUGCGCGUCCAGAAUAUGAAGAACCAGGCGGAUAUGCUGCUGCACAACAUUAUACCAAAGCAUGUGGCCGAACAUCUGAAAAACACGGCAAAGUAUUCGGAGAAUCAUCACAAUAUUGCCAUAAUCUUUGCCUCCAUUGUCAACUUCAACGAGAUGUACGACGAGAGCUAUCUGGGCGGCAAGGAGUUCCUGCGCGUACUCAACGAGCUAAUUGGGGACUUUGAUGAGCUGCUCUCGCAUCCAAAGUUUCGUGCCGUCGAGAAGAUCAAGACAAUUGGGUCCACAUUCAUGGCCGCCAGCGGCUUAGAUCCGUCCCAUCGAGGCACAGGCGAUGAACAUAUACACACCUUAAUGGAGUUUGCCAUCGAGAUGCAGCGAGUGGUCAAUGAGUUCAACAAGGAUCUGCUCGAGUUUAAUCUGAUUUUGCGCAUUGGCAUGAACAUUGGCGAUGUCACAGCUGGCGUAAUUGGCACCAGUAAGCUAUACUAUGAUAUUUGGGGCGAUGCUGUCAAUGUGGCUUCGCGCAUGGACUCUACGGGUCUGCCCAAUCGCAUACAGGUGGGCAAGGAUUGCCUACCAUUUUUGACCGCCUGCUAUGAGUUUGAGCCGCGUGGCAGUGUGUACGUCAAGGGCAAGGAUCACAUGGAGGUAUUUCUCUUUACCAGACGCAGGCCGCAACUGGAGGAGCAGCCGGCAAGCGCACAGCUGCCGCAGCUGCAGCUAAACGAUUGUAAUCCAGAUGAGCUAGCAGAUGAAGCAAAGGAGGAGCAACAACAGCUGCAGUCAAAUGAUGUUCAACUUAAAGUGAAUGAGGCACAGACUAAAGAGGUGGAUCAAAUUGAGAAUAAUGAGAAUAAUGAAGAUGACGAUGUUGAUGAUGAUGAUGAUGAUGAUGACGAUGAUGAUGAUGAAGGCGACCUGCACUCGAGCGAAACAACUACGCUGUUCAAGUCACAGGAAUCACUGCAUGCAACACACGCAAAUGGCGGCAGUCACUUUAAUCCAGCUAACACAACCGAAAAUUAAAGAGAAACUCAAAUCAAAUCAAAUCAAACUCAAACUCAAAUCAAAUGAAAUGCACACAACUUAAAUGAACUCAACUCAAUUUCCGGCUUGCAGCACUUGAGAAAUGGUUUCAAAAUUGCAUUUAUUGACUGAACAAAAUGUGUGUUGGCCAAAACAACAGUUGCCGAUGCCGAUGCCGCAGUCGCAGCGAAAUGAAUGUUUGGGAAUGUCGGGGAAUGUAAUCCAAAUGAUAUGUAUGUGUAUAUGGUCGGAGCUGGGGGGGCGGGGCGUGGGGGUAGCGGAAAUAAACCGCAUUAAUUUGUGAUAUGUAACUAAUGUUGAAUAUGUACGAUAAUUAGCUGGCACUUGAGCAUGGAA